CAUGUGUUUCUUUCUCCAGCGGAUGCCCGCACUGUGAUUGAAGCUGCCUGGGGCCAGCGGUUUGCGGUCCCUUCAAUGGUCCCUCUUGGAUGGGUAAGCCUGGCGAUAGCCAACAUCGGUCUGUUACGGCAAGGAAGUGCUAAGAUAGCUCCCUCACAGAUCAUGCUAUACGCGCCACAAAACAGCGAGGAGGUAGAAAUUGUUUGUCAAAUCGUCCGAGCUGCGAUUCAGUGGACCACGGGUAUGAAGCUGAAUCAAUUUGCGUAGGAGCGCCAAUCUGAGUUAGCAGUCAGAUGUUCAACGACGACGAAUAGUGGGGAGAGCCUCAACCGAUCCACCAGGCGCAUUACUCGAGUUAGCACCGUGUUAUUUAGCGCAGGAAGUAAACUCAGAUUACAACUUAAAUAAAUAUAGUAUAAAUAGACGCGUCAUAUAACUUUCCUUUCUCACGUACGCCGGAUUUAUGGCUCGGCCUCGGAGUUAAAAGAUAAUGGAUAUAAGAACUCAACCAUCCACUACUGUUUCCGAGACUAGACAGCGAUACAAAGCUUGCGGCCAUCGAUAUUCCUCCAGUCAUGCCUCCUUUUAUCACCCUCGAAGAGCACUACGCCUCGCCCAAAGUGCGCGAAGCAAGCGCAGAAGCCCGCGCUCAUUAUGCCAACUUCCCGCCUGCGAUACUGUCCAGGCUGGAGUCCCUCGGGGAGGAACGUAUCCAGGACCUCGAUAAAGGAAACGUAUCCCUCCAAGUCAUUUCCCACGGUCCAGGGAAUUUACCACCCCCUCUCUGCUCAGAAGUAAACAAUGACUUGGCCUCUGCCAUUACCAGGAAUCCCACUCGACUCGCGGGAUUCGCCAUGCUCCCGAUGAGCGCGCCAGCGGCUGCCGUGGCCGAACUUGAGCGCUGUGUGACGCAACUGGGCUUCGUUGGAGCCCUGGUGGAUAAUCACCUGGACGGACAAUUCUACGACGAUGAACGCUUUUGGCCCAUAUUCGAGAAAGCGCAGGAACUGGACGUUCCGAUCUAUAUCCACCCUACGUUUGCAUCCGACUCCAUGAUGGAGCAUUAUCAAGGGAACUACCAUGACUCUGUGGCGCUGGCGCUGAGCGCAUUCGGCUGGGCCUGGCACGCCGAGACGGGACAUCAUAUCCUCCGGUUAUUUGCUAGCGGUCUCUUUGAUCGCUUUCCCCAGCUGAAAAUCGUGAUCGGGCACAUGGGUGAGCUGCUGCCUUUUCAAUUGGACCGCGUGUUUGCUAUUUCGGACCGAUGGGGCAGAGAAAGAAGCUUUAGGGAGGUUUGGAGAACCAAUAUCUGGAUCACGACUAGUGGCAUGUUUUCGGUGACGCCGCUGGCUUGUCUCCUGCAAACGACUUCCAUUGAUCAUGUGUUGUAUAGCGUUGACUAUCCGUUUUCGCCGAACGAGAAAGGAUUGCAGUUUUUCGAGGAGAUUGAGAAGAGUGGCUUGAUCAUGGGGGGAGAUCUGGAGCUAUUUGCAUAUCAGAAUGCAGAAGCAUUACUAAAGGUCAAGGCGAUCAAUCUAUGAAUUGCUCUUCUUGUCGCAUAUGUUUCGAUUUAAAAAAAGGUUGUUAAUGCGUGGCACUGUCGCUCUAUAUCACUCAUUGCCUUUGUGGCGUACGUUGGACACCUAGAAGCAGGCCGAGAAGUUGUCAUCAGGACACUGGCACAUCUGCCAUGGAA